CAUUCCCAACGCUUCCAUUUUAGAUAACCCCUCCUCUGACUUGGUUCCUCUCCCUUAGUUGCACUGCCAGCAUGCGGCCCAUCCACCUGCUUCCGCUAUUCUUGUUCAAUUACACGCAACUGAUGGUCGCGGCCCAGUCUUGCCCCGGAACCCUGCGCUGCUGUCGAAACUUCUACGCUGCCGACAAUCUCUCCUCGCCAAUUCUCAACCUCCUCGACACUUACGGGGCUGGUACGCCCGUUGGCGCAGGAGUGGGUACGCUGUUUGAGUUCUUCCUUCACCUCAUCCCCCACCGUCUGCCUCCCUCGCUGCAGCCUUCCAGCUUGAACCCAAUACCUUUCACUCCUGAGAGUCUCCAAGGAUUGGUGGCUAAUAUCACCAAGGCGUUAAUUAUCCUGGCAACGAGACCUGCGAGCAGAGUUUGGACCGCUGCCUUCAGUCUGCCUGUUGUGCAGCCCACCAGAAUCGAGCAUUGCAGGUAUGUCCAAGCCCCUAAGUCCAAUGUUCUUGUGUCCAGCUGCUGGCCCGGACUGAUGUAG